UUUUACAGCUCAUUUAUGUCUCCAUUGCAAAUUUGAGAUGCCGGGACGAUUUCUCCGUUGCCCUUGAAAGAGAAAACAGAGAGAGAAAGAUCUGGAAAAUUGAGAGGUAGAUCCCAAAGGAAGAAGAAGUGUAUCUGAUCAGUAAACCGGAAUGGCAAUGCACGGGAUGAGAGGGCUCGCAAUUUUCAUCAGCGACGUUCGGAAUUGCCAGAACAAAGAGCUAGAACGCUUACGCGUCGAUAAAGAGCUCGGCAACAUCCGUAAUCGAUUCAAAAAAGAAAAGGGAUUGACACCAUAUGCUAAGAAGAAAUAUGUUUGGAAAAUGCUUUACAUUUACAUGCUGGGUUAUGACGUCGAUUUUGGUCAUAUGGAAGCUGUUUCCUUGAUAUCUGCACCAAAGUAUCCAGAAAAGCAGGUGGGAUACAUUGUGACAUCAUGUUUGCUCAAUGAAAAUCAUGAUUUUCUGAGACUAGCCAUCAACACUGUACGCAAUGAUAUAAUUGGUCGAAAUGAGACUUCUCAGUGCCUGGCAUUAACCUUGGUUGGGAAUAUUGGUGGGAGAGAAUUUGCUGAGUCUUUGGCACCUGAUGUUCAAAAGUUAAUUCUGUCUAGCAGCUGCAGACCACUUGUACGGAAAAAAGCUGCAUUAUGUUUACUGCGAUUGUUUAGGAAAAGUCCCGAUGUUGUCAAUGUUGAUGGCUGGGCGGAUCGGAUGGCUCAGCUUUUAGAUGAGCGUGAUCUUGGUGUUUUGACAGCUUCUAUGAGCCUUCUUGUUUCUUUGGUCUCAAAUAAUCAUGAAGCUUAUUGGACUUGCCUUCCAAAGUGUGUAAAAAUAUUGGAACGCCUUGCAAGGAACCAAGAUGUUCCACAGGAAUAUACUUAUUAUGGUAUCCCAUCUCCCUGGUUGCAGGUUAAGACAAUGAGGGCUCUUCAGUAUUUUCCUACCAUUGAAGAUCCAAAUUCGAGAAGGACAUUAUUUGAGGUCCUACAACAUAUAUUAAUGGGAACAGAUGUUGUGAAAAAUGUUAACAAGAAUAAUGCAUCACAUGCUGUCCUAUUUGAAGCCCUUGCUCUUGUCAUGCAUCUUGAUGCUGAAAAGGAGAUGUUGUCUCAGUGUGUUGCCCUUCUUGGGAAAUUCAUUGCUGUUCGUGAACCAAAUAUUAGAUAUCUUGGUUUGGAAAAUAUGGCUAGGAUGCUAAUAGUUACUGAUGUGCAAGAGAUUAUAAAAAGACAUCAGGCACAAAUUAUCACAUCAUUGAAGGAUCCUGAUAUCAGUAUCUGUAGGCGAGCUCUUGAUUUGCUUUAUGGUAUGUGUGAUGUAACAAACGCAAAGGACAUUGUUGAAGAAUUGUUGCAGUAUCUGAGCUCAGCUGAUUUCACAAUGCUUGAGGAAUUGUCACUCAAAGCUGCCAUUCUUGCUGAGAAGUUUGCUCCUGAUCUGUCAUGGUAUGUAGAUGUGAUUCUUCAGUUGAUUGAAAAGGCAGGAGACUUCAUUAGUGAUGACAUAUGGUUCCGUGUUGUGCAGUUUGUUACUAACAACGAUGACCUACAGACUUAUGCAGCUGCAAAAGCGAAAGAGUAUCUUGACAAGCCCGCUGUACAUGAAAAAAUGGUCAAGGUCUGUGCUUAUAUUCUUGGAGAAUACAGCCACCUUCUGGCUAGACGACCUGGGUGUACUCCAAAAGAAAUCUUUAGCAUCAUACAUGAGAAGCUUCCUACAGUAAGAACUACUACCAUUCCUAUUCUUCUAUCAGCUUAUGCUAAGAUCUUAAUACACACUCAGCCACCUGAUCAAGUACUGCGAAAUCAAAUUUGGGCAGUAUUCACCAAAUAUGAGAGCUGCAUUGACGCAGAGAUACAACAACGAGCUGUUGAAUAUUUUGCAUUGAGUCGGAAAGGUGCUGCUCUAAUGGAUAUUUUGGCUGAAAUGCCUAAAUUUCCUGAGCGUCAGUCUUCGUUGAUCAAAAAGGCUGAAGAUGCUGAGGGUGGCACUGCAGAGCAAAGUGCCAUCAAGUUGCGUGCUCAACAGCAACCAUCAAAUGCUUUAGUUGUAACUAACCAACACCCUGCUAAUAGGGCACCACCACCAGUUUCUGUUGGCCAGCUUAGCCUGGUUAAAGCACCCAGCAUGGAUGAUACUGAGGAUCAUUCAAUAGAGCGAGCUCCUUCUCAGGAAAAUGUAAAUAUAAGCAAAGUAGAUCCACAAGCGCCUUCGGCAGACCUCCUUAGUGAUCUUCUGGGUCCACUGGCUAUUGAGGGCCCUCCUGGUGCUGCUGUUCAAUAUGAGCAUAAUGCAACCCCUGGAUUGGAUAGUGGUCCAGAUGCUUCAGCCAUAGUACCUGUAGCAGAGGAGACAAAUACAAUUCAGCCGAUAGUAAAUAUUGCCGAAAGAUUCCGUGCUUUGUGCUUCAAAGAUAGCGGUAUUCUAUACGAAGACCCUUACAUUCAGAUUGGCAUCAAAGCAGAGUGGCGAGCUCAUCAUGGGCGUCUUGCUCUUUUCUUAGGAAACAAGAAUACAUCUCCUCUCAUUUCAGUUCAGGCUUUGAUAUUGCCUCCUGCUCAUUUGAAGAUGGAGCUUUCAUCAGUGCCUGACACCAUACCUCCUCGAGCACAGGUGCAAUUCCCACUUGAGGUUGUAAAUCUUCAGCCAAGCAGGGAUGUAGCUGUUCUUGACUUUUCCUACAAGUUCGGAACCAAUAAGGUUAACAUCAAACUUCAUCUUCCUGCUUUGCUGAAUAAGUUUCUUCAGCCCAUAUCGGUUUCUACUGAGGAGUUUUUCCCCCAAUGGAGAUCACUUGCAGGACCACCAUUGAAGCUUCAGGAAGUUGUUAGAGGUUUAAGACCAAUGGCUCUUACGGAAAUGGAAAAUCUACUCCACAGUUUUGGACUAAUGAUUUCUCAAGGGCUUGAUCCAAAUCCUAAUAAUCUAGUUGCCAGCACAAUCUUCUGCUCGGAGAAAACACAUGGCAUGCUCUGCUUGGUCAGAAUUGAAACAGAUCCAGCGGACAGAACUCAGUUGCGUAUGACACUUGCUUCAGGCGAUCCUACAUUAACAUUCGAGUUGAAAGAAUUCAUCAAAGAACAACUGGUUAGCAUUACUACAGUUACUCCAGCACCUCCUGCAGCUCCUCCGACCCCCCAAAUACUGUCAAGCGAUCCCGCUGCACUACUAGCUGGUUUGCUAUCUUGAAAACAAAGAGGACCAAACUCGAAGAUUUGUUCAAUAUGCACUUUAACAAAACUUGAUUUUAACAGCCGGCACACGCACACCCACCCACUGCCCUUAGGCUUAUACAGUUAAAUCCCAGUGCGCUGUGCGGGGCUGGUGGAAGCAAAGAUCGGGUUAGCAAAGAAGGGCAGAUCUAAAUUUUUUGAUUCUUCACAAGGAUAUUGCAACUUGGUGAGUUUUUUCCUCCCUCUUUUAGUGUCUUAUGGGAGAGGUUUUUUUUUU